ACCCACAAAUUGCCAGAACACAGAGUGAACGAUGAGACUAUAAACAAAUGUUGUCUGAUAGCUAAGCUCUCAAUUUCCUUCUGUCAUCUUCUUCUUUCUUGGAUCCAACUAAAAAUUACUCACUAGGGUUCAAGAAUACGAGCCAGAGGGGGGGGGAUCGCUAUCUUUUUAUCCAAGAAAUGUGGACCAUACCUCUGGGAAUCUCAGUAAACACACUCUCUCCCAACUUCCACAAACUACCCCUUUUCUACCCUUCUAGGGCUCAUCAAUCGUCUAUCUCUCAUCAUCUCUCCAGAUCAGAUUCAGUAGGGAUUUGCAAAGCCAGUCAAGUGGUUGAGAUAUUUCCGAUAGUCUCCCCUGAGAUUGUUGUCCGCGAGGCAAGGAUUGAGGAUUGUUGGGAAGUUGCAGAAACGCAUUGUAGCUCCUUCUUCCCUGAAUACUCCUUCCCAUUAGACUUUGUGUUGAGGAUUGACAGGCUACUUGCACUGGUUUUUGGAUUGUCAGUACCCAGUGGUUGUCGGAGAACAUGUUUGGUUGCUGUCACUGGCACUUCUGAAGACGAUACUUUCUUUAUUGGUGAUGAAGAGCUUAAAAUUGCUGGUUUUGGUGCAAAGAUUAGUCUGAAUAAGGGAUAUGUUGCUGGGAUUUUGACUUUAGACACUGUGGCUGAUUUUCUUCCUAGGAAAGGACCUCUUCGGCAGAGAAGGAAAGGAAUUGCAUACGUGUCGAAUGUUGCUGUUCGAGAAAGAUUUAGACGAAAGGGAAUAGCAAAAAGGCUGAUAGCAAAAGCGGAAGCUCAAGCCAGAAGUUGGGGAUGUCGGUCGAUUGCAUUGCAUUGUGACCUAAACAACCCUGGUGCAACCAACUUAUACCGAAGCCAGGGUUUUAAGAGCAUCAAUAUACCAGAAGGAGCCAAGUGGCCGCAGCCCCGGACUGCACCUGAUAUGCAGUUCAACUUCAUGAUGAAGCUCCUCCAUGAUAAAAACCGAACCAAUUGUUAGAUCAAUUUGAUACCACUGCUCCUAUUUCAAUGAAUUAAGCAAGUAAUGUACGUUAGCGUUUGUGUUUAUUUGUGUAUACAGGAAAUGUAUAUUAUUAUAGUAUACUACUUGCUUGUUCUUGUUCUUGUUAUUGUAAGAUAAAUGGAAGUUUGGGGUUUCUUUUUCUUGUGAUGUGUUAGAAACAACUACACCAUCAAAUGCCUUCUCAGUUCUUCC